GGAGGAGGCCACAGAGCGGGGCCUCGGGCAAAGUUCUGCAAAGACCAGACACUUUCAUUUUCACUUUCCUCUAAUAACUGAAAAGAAGAGACUGAGACAGAAAGACGAAGAAGAGCGAGAAUCAAGAACAUUUUGACCAUGAAGCGGGUGGUCGGGAUCUUCUCCCGGGAAGAUGACAACAGCUAUAGGUUCCUCACUAAAGCCCUGAGGUCUGAGGACUUGUUCAGAGAGGUCAGAACUUUCAUUAUAACCAACAAUGGCUUUCAGGAUUUCAUAGAAGAGGUUUCCCGCUGUCACUGCGCCAUCCUCUAUCACUCAAAGAACAGAGGACGGAUGAAUAUCACUGAUGUCACUGAUUCUCUGUACGACGAGGAGGUCACACAUCUGUCUAAAUCGCUAGGGAAGAAAAAUGUGGUUGUGGUGGGCGAUGACCUGGACAGCAGCUCCUCAGAGGUGAAGAUGAAGAUUCUCCAAGACCAGCCUCUUAUUAAAGAAAUGGCGGCUGACCUUGUCCUGUUCAGUAAAGCAGACAAAAAUUCACAAGAUGCUUUGACUGAGAAUCUGCAAAAAUUAUCUCACAUCCUAAUAACAGUUUCAGAGAGACCUGAGAGGAUCCCGAGGGUCCAAAUGGUGGUGCAUCCGGUUCAGCUCUUCUACCAGAUGGUUCAGCUCUUAUACCAGAUGGUAGCUCCGUAUAUCCUGAUGGUGGUGGGACCGGUUCUGCACAUCUACAAGACUGUAAUCCAGUGGGUCAUGAUGGUGGUGGGACCGGUUCUGCACAUCUACAAGACUGUAAUCCAGUGGGUCAUGAUGGUGGUGUUUCUCAUCCAGCUCAUCUACAAUAGGCUCUUUCAGUUGGUCCAGGUACAGUAUGUCAUAUGUGUCCCAUGUGCUGAUGUCCAUAUAACAUGUCCAUUCACCUGCCCACAGCCCUUCGCACUCGUCUCAUUCUCAGUCUUUAUAGUGAUUUUUAGCUCCUCCUUUGCAAAUAUGUUAUGUAUUACUAGCAGAAGGACCCGGCUUCACACGGGUAUAUUUUAACAGUGACAUCUACAA